UUUAAGGUAAAUCAAAAUGAGAGUAUUCAUUGUCUUCGCUGCAGCUCUUUUGGUAGUCAGUGCCCUUCCAUCCCAAGAUCACUGGACUUUGUUCAAGACCAAACAUGAAAAAUCUUAUGAAAAUCUCGAUGAAGAAAAAGUCCGUUUCCACAUUUUUCAAGACAACGUACAAAAAAUCAACGCACACAAUGCCCUCUAUGAAGCCGGACUUGAAACUUACACCAUGGCUGUUAACAAAUUCGCUGAUUUAACCCCCAAAGAGUUUGAAAAUAUGCUCAGGCACCAAAACGGUCCAACUAUCAAAAAGCACUUGGCUCGCCAUGUCCAAAACCUCACUGCUCCAGACUCCAUCGACUGGAGAACGAAGAACGCCGUUUUAGAAGUAAAGGACCAAGGAAAGUGCGGAUCCUGCUGGGCUUUCAGUGCAACUGGUAGCAUUGAAGGACAAAAUGCUAUUAAAAACAACCAAAGAGUGUCUCUCAGUGAACAGCAAUUGAUUGAUUGUGCUACCGAAUGGAGCUCAGGUUGCAUCGGUGGUGAAACGGUGUAUGCUUUCCAAUACGCCAGCAAGAACGGUCUUGCCAGCGCAGCUGAAUACCCAUACGAAGCUAAAAACAAUAACUGCAAAGAAAAUAGUGGUUCGGUCGUUAAAGUUAAAGAAGCAGUGGCUGUUGAUCCUACAGAAUCUGCCCUUAAAGAGGCUGUUGGUACCGUUGGACCAAUAUCUGUAACUAUCUACGCUGGACCUCUACAAUUCUACAAAAAUGGUAUCUUGGAAACUCCCGAUUGCUUCAACGAUGGGUACUUAUUGAACCACUCUGUCCUGGUUGUAGGAUAUGGAAACGAGGAUGGCAAGAAAUACUGGAUCGUCAAGAACUCAUGGGGCGCCGAAUGGGGUGACGAAGCUGUUAAAGCUGUUAAAGCUGUUAAAGCUGUUAAAGCUGUUAAAGCUGUUAAAGCUGUUAAAGCUGUUAAAGCUGUUAAAGCUGUUAAAGCUGUUAAAGCUGUUAAAGCUGUUAAAGCUGUUAAAGCUGUUAAAGCUGUUAAAGCUGUUAAAGCUGUUAAAGCAGUUAAAGCUGUUAAAGCUGUUAAAGCUGUUAAAGCUGUUAAAGUCGUUAAAGCCGUUAAAACUGUUAAAGUUAAUGAAGAUGUUAAAGUUGUUAAAGCUGUUAAAUCUAUUACAGCUGUUAAAAUUGUAGUAGAAAGUAGGAUAAUUGUGACUUAUUAUCAUGCAAUUGUGAGUUAUUUUGCCUUAACAUAUCUGAUUAAAAUGGAUUUUUUCUUAAGAAUAUUGAAAAAUAUGGUGGAUGUCCAAGAAGAAUUAGAUCCGAUAUGGGUACUGAAAAUGGAACUGUAG